AUGAACUCUGCAGCUGGUGCGGGUGACUUGGUGUCAUCACCUACUUCAGUACCGCUGUGUCAACGUUUUUCUCUAGAAGAGAUUCAAUCUUCAACCAAAGACUUUGAUGAUGAUAUGGUUAUUGGGGAGGGAGGAUUCGGAAAAGUAUACAAAGGUCAAUUAUCCAGUGAAGAAGAUGGUCAUGUUGUGGCGAUCAAACGAUUAAAUCCUAUGUCCAACCAGGGGGAACAUGAGUUCAGAGCUGAAAUCGAGACCCUCUCUAAGCUGCGUCACCGUCACUUGGUGUCUCUUAUUGGGUAUUGUGAUGAUAACAAGGAAAUGAUCCUUGUUUAUGAGUAUAUGCCUAACGGAACACUCUAUCAUCAUCUACACCAAGCAGAGAUCACAUUAAAUUGGUAUCAGAGAAUCAAGAUUGGAAUAGGGGCUGCGCUUGGAUUAGAUUAUCUUCACACAGGUGUCAGCAGCGAACACAGAAUCAUACACCGUGAUGUGAAGAGUACCAACAUACUUUUAGAUGAGAACAUGACAGCUAUGAUUUCAGAUUUUGGGUUGUCCAAAAUAAACCCAACUAACCAAUCAUCAUCGUGGGUUGAUGCGAGCGUUAAAGGAACAUUCGGGUAUCUUGAUCCGGAAUAUUUUUAUACUAAAAAAUUAUCAAGGAAAACAGAUGUGUAUGCAUUUGGGGUUGUUUUAUUUGAACUGCUAACCGGAAGACGUGCUGUAGACGAUCGCUAUGGGGAGGAAGAAUGUAGUUUGGUGACAUGGGCUAAAAAGUGUGUAAAAGAGAAAAAUUUAGAUCAAAUGGUUGAUUCUAAUAUCAAGGGAACAAUUUUUCCCAAAUGUUUAAUACGUUUCACUCAAAUUGCAUAUGGUUGUGUGCGUAGUAUUCCAAAAGUACGCCCUACCAUGAUUCAGGUAGUAACCUCACUUCAGGCUAUAUUGGAACUACAGCUGAAAUCUGAGAGCUCUGCCAAGUCAUCUGGCAAAAUGAGUUUAAUAUGGAAGAUUCAUAAGUAUCUUCCUGUAGUGACUAAACAAAAUUCAGACCAAAGUAGCACAAGUUCCCCAACAAAGUGGCGUGGUAGUUUUCAUGAUGAAUGGAUUCAUCAUCAGAGGGUUGCUAGCAGACGUAUAAAUGUGUUCACAUAUGAUGAAUUAAACUAUGCUACGGGGAACUUUCAAGAAACAUGCUCGGAAAAGAGGAUUAAUGGAGAGGUUUACAAAGGCUGGGUGGAUAAAUUGACAUAUGCUCCUUGUAGCCAAAGUUCUGGUAUGCCCAUUGAAGUCGAGAGAUAUUAUCUCCAGGAUGAUAAUAAGUUGAGACCGUUGAGAGAAUGUUCUCAUCCCAACCUUUUUGGUCCCAUAGGAUAUUGUAUCGAAGGUAAACAAUGCUUCAUUGUGUAUGAAUCUAUGCAUAAUGGAAACUUCGAGGAUCUCCUUUGUAGGGGAGUUGUAGCAACACUUCCGUUGAUUAACAAAGUGAAAAUAGCAUUCGGAGUUGCUCGAGGGAUUCUUUACUGUAACAAGCUUGGCUGCCGUUUUCGAAAAGAUUCUGAUGGUCCAGUUUUUGAGCGACGUGACAUAAUGCUGGAUAAGGUUAUUAGACUGGACGGUGUUCAGGCGUUUGCGGGUAGGGGGUAG